UAUCCGCUGUGUGCAUCCACUGUGUGAUGUCGGGAACCAGUUUUACGUGAGCAACUGCCACUGAACUGCCACUCAAACUGCUCCUCUCCUCCUCCUCCCAGGCAUUGUGCUGUGCAUAGCCCCCUCAAUAUUAUCCUGCGACGCCAGUUUCCACCCCCUUCUCCUCUCCCCUAUUCAGUGUUCCAUUCAUGUUGUCCGGGUGCUCUUCUGCCUCUUCGUCGUCCCCAACGUUGCCACUUCUUCGUGCUCUUAUCAACCCUCCUCUCCGCUCAUCUCCCACUAUCACUCCCACUCGUUAGCCGAACCACUCUCACCGUCCUUCGGCUCCACCAUCUUCGCAUCUUCUCCCACUUCUCCCCCUUACAUCACCUGCCUGUAACUCGGUCAUCAUGUCGUGGAAAUUAACGAAGAAGCUUAAAGAGACCCAUCUCGCACCCCUCGCGAACACCUUUAGCCGGUCCUCCUCAACCUCAACCAUUGUUAAUGACCCCCCAAAACCGACCGGAAGCCCCGCGACAACACCGACCAUAGAGCCAAAGGACCCCAAUGGCAUAGCCGCAUCAGAAGCAAACGCACACCUUCCCCCUCCUCCACUACUCCCCGGAAUCCUUAUCGUCACACUUCAUGAAGGCAAAAGCUUCUCCCUACCCCCAGGAGCCGAGAACCUCUUCACCAAUGCCUCCCACCAUCCCAGUUCGCUUUCCCAAGGCAGCGCCUUGUCCGUCGCUGGCUCGAUGCGACCGAACUCGUCCUCCCGACAACAACCCGGUGCCAUUGGCUCCUACGUCCCCUCCGCGCGACCGCAGUCGGCCGCGGGGAUCAACUCCGCUCCCACCGUCCAUGGCCGCUACUCCUCCAAGUACCUGCCGUACGCCAUUGUGGACUUCGACAAGCAACAGAUCUUCGUCAACGCCGUCUCCGGAACGCCGCAGAACCCGCUCUGGGCGGGGGGCAGCACGCAGUACAAGUUCGACGUUUCUCGCAUUUGCGAUCUGUCGUUGUCGUUAUACGUCCGGAACCCUAGUGCGUCGCCGAACGCGGGACGGAGCGAGGACAUCUUCAUUGGUACCGCGAGGGUGAAUCCCCGGUUUGAGGAGGUCUAUGGACAUGAGGAUCUGAAGAGUAAAAAGGAUAAGGACAAGACGGACGAGCGUGCACUCGGUCAGACGGGGACUGAUUGGGUUGAGGUCCAAUAUGGAACCGGAGCGAUUAAGGUCGGGGUCGAGUUCGUGGAGAACCGGCAACGGUCACUCAAAAUCGAAGACUUUGAACUGCUCAAGGUUGUCGGUAAAGGUAGUUUUGGGAAGGUCAUGCAAGUUAGGAAGAAAGAUACCCAUCGGAUCUAUGCGUUGAAGACCCUGCGGAAGGCGCACAUUAUCUCCCGAUCCGAAGUGGCCCACACCCUCGCUGAGCGAUCGGUCCUGGCCCAGAUCAAUAACCCCUUCAUUGUACCUCUGAAAUUCUCCUUCCAAUCGCCCGAAAAGUUAUAUCUGGUUCUCGCCUUCGUGAACGGCGGCGAGCUGUUCCAUCAUCUACAGAAAGAGCAGCGAUUCGACAUCAACCGAGCCCGUUUCUAUACCGCCGAGAUCCUGUGCGCGCUGGAGUGUUUGCAUGGCUUCAACGUCAUCUACCGAGACUUGAAGCCUGAAAAUAUUCUGCUUGAUUAUACUGGCCACAUUGCGCUUUGCGAUUUCGGUCUCUGCAAACUAGAUAUGAAAGAUGAGGACAGGACGAACACGUUCGCCGGUACCCCCGAAUACCUCGCCCCCGAACUCCUCACCGGCGGCGGCUACACCAAAGCCAUCGACUGGUGGACCCUCGGCGUCCUCCUCUACGAGAUGCUCACGGGCCUCCCUCCCUUCUACGACGAAAACACCAACGAAAUGUACCGCAAGAUCCUCACCGAGCCGCUCCACUUCCCCGGCCCGGAGAUCGUCCCCCCCGCCGCCCGCGACCUUCUGACCCGCCUCCUCGACCGCAAUGCCGACAAGCGGCUGGGCGCCAAGGGUGCCGCGGAGAUCAAGGCGCAUUAUUUCUUCCACAGCAUUGACUGGCGGAAGCUGUUGGAUCGGAAAUACGAGCCGAGCUUCAAGCCGAACGUGGUCGACCAGCUGGACACCGCGAACUUCGACUGCGAAUUCACCAGCGAAGCGCCCACCGACUCGUACGUGGACGGCCCGAUGCUCUCGCAGACCAUGCAGCAGCAGUUCGCCGGCUGGUCGUACAACCGCCCGGUGGCGGGUCUGGGCGAUGCGGGCGGCAGCGUGAAGGAUCCGUCGUUCGAGAACGUCGGAUAAGUCUGAUCCGCAACCCACCCGUGGUGGAUCGGUGGCGACGGAACCGAAACAUGAAGAUGAAGACAGACAUGUGGCCAAUGAACGACGAUACUUCUUUGCAUUCAACCUCACGACCGGACAAGAUGGGACACAACACGGCGCAGCAACACUUUGAAACCAUGGCAUUUACUUCCCCUUCCCUCUCUUUUGUGUUUUCGCCAGAAGCGGUCGCGUGUUUCUUUCUGUGUUUUUUUCACAUCGUUCGCGACGGUCAAUGGCGUCCGGGUUGUAUGGCCAGUAUAGAGAGCAUCCGAGCAGUGGAGGUGUGUUGCAAUGAGAGACC